ACGUCACUCUGCGCUGUGUGAUUGGCUGAAUUUAAAAAAUACACCAGGCGGGAAGCGGAAACCUUUACCGCUGUGAGUGACCGAUACCGAGUAAUCUGUGCGGCGAUACCUGGGCCCGGAGCAGCGACCACCGGCUGCAAACAUGCUGAAACCACCCAGAACCAAACCUCCCCGGAGGGCGCCUCCCAAGAAACCUUCUAACAGUGGACAGAAGGACCCAGUUGGUGUUUACUGCAGGGUGCGUCCUCUUAGUCCCUCAGACCAGGAAUGCUGCAUUGAAGUGAUUAAUGAGACCACAGUCCAGCUGCACCCCCCAGAUGGGUGUAGAGUUAACAGAAACGGUGAAUAUAAAGAGACCCAGUAUUCCUUUAAACAAGUUUUUGGAACACUGGUGACACAAAAAGACCUUUUUGAUGUUGUUGCUAAGCCUCUGGUAGAAGAUCUAGUUCGUGGUAAAAAUGGACUACUUUUCACAUAUGGGGUGACUGGAAGUGGAAAAACGUACACAAUGACUGGGUCUCCAGGACAAGGAGGACUUCUUCCUCGAUGUCUCCACAUGAUCUUCAACAGCAUAAAUGGUUUCCAGGCUAAGAGAUAUAUUUUUAAGACCGAUGAUAAAAAUGGCAUAGAAGUGCAGAAUGAGGUGGACGCCUUAUUAGAGCGUCAGAAGAGAGAUGCUCUGCCGCAGGUAGCCCCAAAAACUCCUUUAAGCAGGCAGAAACUGGAGCCUGAAUUUGCUGAUAUGAUAAAUAUUGAAGACGGCUGCAAAAUAGAAGACAUAGAUGAAGACAGCGUAUACAGCGUCUUCGUGUCCUAUAUUGAAAUCUACAAUAACUACAUCUAUGAUCUUCUAGAGGAAGUUCCAAUAGAUCCUAUUAAACCAAAGUGGAACACGCCGGGAAAGAAUGCAGAGUUUAUACCACCACAGUCAAAGAUCUUGCGUGAAGACCAGUGCCACAACAUGUAUGUUGCGGGAUGUACGGAAGUUGAAGUUAAAACCACUGAAGAGGCUUUUGAUGUCUUCUGGAGAGGUCAGAAGAGAAGAAGAAUUGCAAACACACAGUUAAACCGUGAGUCCAGCCGCUCCCACAGUGUAUUCAUAAUAAAGUUAGCACAAGCCCCACUUGAUGCCGAUGGAGAUAAUGUUUUGCAGGAAAAGGAGCAAGUAACAGUGAGCCAGCUCUCGCUUGUAGAUCUGGCUGGUAGUGAGAGAACAAAUCGCACAAAAGCUGAGGGAAGCAGGCUACGUGAAGCAGGAAAUAUCAACCAAUCCCUUAUGACGUUAAGAACUUGUAUUGAGGCUCUACGAGAAAACCAGAUGUGUGGAACCAAUAAGAUGGUCCCCUAUCGAGACUCCAAGUUAACUCAUCUCUUCAAGAAUUAUUUUGAUGGUGAAGGGAAAGUUCGAAUGAUAGUUUGUGUUAAUCCCAAAGCAGAUGACCAUGAAGAGAGUUUGCAAGUUAUGCGCUUUGCUGAAAUGACCCAGGAAGUUGAAGUUGCUCGACCUGUAGACAAACCAAUUUGUGGCCUCACUCCUGGACGUCGUUAUAGGAAUCAAGCAUUCAAAGAAGAACUUACACGUAGACUGGAGGAUAGAGGUGGUCCAGUCAAUGGAGAGGUUGAUGAACCAGCAGUAAUAGAGGUGCUAAUUCAAAGCUUCCCUCCGAUUCCAUCCUGUGAGCUUUUGGAUGCUAAUGAUGAUCAAACUCUUCCACGGCUCAUGGAGGCCCUUGAGAAACGGCGCCGUGUUCGCCUAAUGAUUGCAGAAGAAUUCAACAAGACUGCUACCUCCUUCAGAGCCAUGCUUCAAGACCUUAAUGGUGUAGUGGCAGCAAAGGAGACCAUAGCGCAAGGAAGAAUGACUGAGAAGGAGAGGACUAUAGCGUCUCAGAAAAGUGAAAUAGAACGACUAGAAAAGAAAAUAAAAACUCUGGAGUACAAAAUUGAUAUUUUGGAGAAGACUACCUCCAUCUAUGAAGACGAAAAGCGCAAUUUACAACAAGACCUCGAGUCAAACCAGCAGAAAUUGCAGCGUCAGCUGUCUGACAAGAGGCGGCUGGAGGCACGGCUGCAAGGCUUGGUGACAGAGAAUACCAUGAAAUGGGAAAAGGAAUGUGAACGUCGUGUGGCAGCCAAACAGAUAGAGAUGCAGAAUAAGCUGUGGGUAAAAGAUGAAAAGUUAAAACAGCUUACAGCAAUUGUAACAGACUCUAAAGGCAACAGACCAGAAAGGCCAAGUAGAGAGAGAGACAGAGAACCGAAGGUUCCCAUCAGAUCCAUCUCUCCUUCACCUGUACCUUUGCCUGGUAACCCUGUUUCCCAGCCUCCCCACAACCAUGCUACCCCUGCUCGAUUACAUCUGCACAGGCGUUCAAACUCCAGCAGCAGCAUAUCCGUGGCCUCCUGUGUUUCACAGUGGGAGCAGAAAACGCCGCAGCAGAAAGCAGAAAGCAAGAUGGGCCCCAACCGCAGGCGGUGGGAGCCAGAGUCAGCUAGAAAGUAUAAUGCAGCAGAGAACAGAACAGGUUAUCAGGCAUCCAUCGUACAGGCAGAGCUAGAAGAGGAACAGUGUUCCAGGAACGUCCCCCCAGUGCACAACAGACACCGCCGCUCUCGGUCAGCGGGGGCAGAGAGAUGGGUAGACCAUAAGCCGUCCGGUAGUGUGGAGACGGAGACAGUCAUGCAACCUCAUGUCCCCAACUCCAUCAAAGUAUCUAUUGCCAGCGAAAAGGCGCUGGCAAAGUGUGAUAAGUACAUGCUGACACACCAGCAGCUGGCCUCGGAUGGGGAGAUUGAAACUAAACUCAUUAAGGGUGAUGUGUUCCGGACUAGAGGAGGAGGUCAGUCUGUACAAUUCACUGACAUUGAGACACUCCGGCAAGAGUCCCCUCCAGGCACCAGCCGGAAACGCAGAUCUUCCGGAUCUAAUCAGCCCCCACAGGUCGAGAACACUGAUUCUGAGUGGACAGAUGUGGAAACCAGAUGUUCGAUGGCAGUGGAAAUGAGAGCAGGAUCCAACUUGGGACCUGGGUACCAGCAUUAUGCUAUUCCCAAGCGCCGGAAACCUUAAAUGCCUGCCAAAGGCUGAUGGACUGUGUUCAGCUGCAAGAUAUCGGGGCGGUCAGGCUCCUGUGUGUGUAUAUAGAAGAAACAGGAAAAUCUGUAUAGAAAGCUGAUCUGUGAAGAACGAGAAGCUGUCGCUCUGCCUGCCCACCCUGUAUUGACUACCUGGCAGACUGUGUAUAUUUUUUCUUUUUAUAAUGUAUUGCUGUAUUUUAUGCAACCUUUCAUGAGCUGUAGUCCUUUAUCCUGCAUGUACAGCUUUGGCAUAUUGACCUAGACUGUAUACACAUUUCUAAACUGGUCAUGAAAGGGUUUUUAUAAUCUCUAGAUUUCCUUUGUAUUCUUAUUUAGAAGAACUGCUGCUGUUUCUUGAGUAGCAAAAUGCACUUUACCAAAGCUGUUAAUCCAGUAACACUGUCUAUUUAAUAUGUCCCCAGUAUUGUACAGGAUGUCUUUACAGGCCUUUUCUCCGAUCAGUGAGAGCUAGGGAUCAGCAAGUGCAGCCUACAGGCUGGUAUUAGGGAUUCAAUAAACUUUCAGUGGCUUUCAUGAAAACAUCUUGGGUUUUUUGGAUUUCCCUUCUGUGCUUCGAGCACAGAUCCUUUCUUACCGUCAUCUGUCUAAAGCAUCUAUCCCACGUUGGUGGAACCAGAUAAAAUUCUGUGCAGAUAAUGUCACCAGUUUCACCCGCACUAACCUGUAGUGUUGGCGACUACUGAUUUAAAAUGAUGCCUACCAUGACUUGCUGCUGUUCUUCUUCUUUUUCGGAUUAUGCUUAUGAGCUGCUCUAGACACAGGUGGGGUUACGAUCUCUCCCUCGAACAAGGUGACAUCAUCGCUGAUCUUCAGAGCUCGGCCCGGCUCAUCAAUGUUCAUUUCAUCCCUCCCCACUCUGUCAGUGCCUACUGCGCAUGUGCUGCUUCCUGGCUCCACCCAGAACUGUGAAAGCAACACACAUGGCUGCAGUAGGUACAGGAAGCGGCACAUGCGCAGUAGGUACAGAGGUUGAAAUGGUAACUCUGCCCGUGCCCCAAGCUACUAAUUAGCAUAAUCUGAAAAAGAAUAAUGCAGCGAUGGAUCGGGUCAUAGUGCCCACUUUUUUUACAGUACCACUGGGGAUAAAACUGGGGUGACUGUUUAUUUUCCCUUUUAGGGGUGUGUUCAGAAGAGACACAAUAGCUUCUUAUCACAGUUACAUCACAGGAAUGAUGAAAGAGUUGGAUAGGAAAAGACAUAACAUUUUAGUGUAGAUGAUUUGUGUGCUGUUUUGUAAUACAACCAGUAGAGGGAGAUAUUACUAUUUUUAUUUAUUUUUUUCCCUGGAAGUCUGCAUCUUUGCUAUACUUUUUAGUUCAGAAUUUUUUUUUUUUUUUUUGUCUUCUAUAUUUUUAAGUGUUCUCACAUUUUUACUUGCACUUUGGAAGAACAACUUCUUAAAAGACUCACGUUUUUAUUACAGUUCACAUAGUGGGAAAUACAGGGGAAUUCAGAAAGGAAGGUGCAAAAUUUAUAGUCUUGAUAUUAUUAACCUGAAGACAAUAUUAGAGAUGAGUGAAGUUACAGUAAUUCAAUUCUGCACAAACCUCGCGGCUCGGCGGAUGCUGACUUCAGCUUUCAGGUGCUCCAGUGGGCUGGAAAACGUGGAUACAGUCCUAGGAGUUUCAGAAACCGCCGAGCCACGAGGUUCGUACAGAAUCAAAGUGCUGUAACUUCGCUCAUCUCUAGAGACUAUCCAAGUUUUAUCUAUACACUACAGAUGUUCAAAGUGAUUUCCAUUGGUGACACGGCGAUGUCUAGGUGGUUGUCCAGUUUUGUCCUGACGCCUGUCGGCAUAUAUGCUGAUAUGGGCUCCACUGUGUCAGUGAUGCGUUGUCCCAGGUCAUUCAUAUGCUGUUGCUUCAUACCAUAUAACAUGUUUUAAAUUUGCCUUUUAAAGGGGUACUUCACUGGAAAACUUUUUUUUAAACUGGUGC